AGAAGCAGGCACUGCUUACCUCUGAGGCAAUGAUGGACAUCUUCCUGACUCAUGGCUCUCCUGAGGUUAUCUUGACUGACCGAGGCCGUGAGUUCUGGAACCACGUCAACAUGAGUCUCUUCGACAGGUGCGGGGUGAAACACCGCAUGACUAGUGCCUAUCAUCCACAGACAAACGGAUUGGACGAAAGGACUAACCAGACCUUGAAGCGAGCCAUUGGGAAGACUCUGGAAGGUAGUCAGGAAAGGUGGGAGGACAACCUGAAAGAGGUAUUGUUUGCCCAUAAUUCCUCUAAGCAGGCUUCCUCCAAGUUUUCACCGUUUCGUUUGAUGUAUGGCCGUGAGCCACGGCUGUUUUCUGAGAUUGCCAGUGAUACUCCUGAGGCUGAGGUUGUCGCGUCUGUUGAUGAGGACGAUGUUUCAGCGUUUAUGUCCAGUCGAGCUGAGAAAGAUGCAGCUGUAUUUGACCAGGUGCGUGACAACAUCCAGAAGGCCCAGGAAAGGCAGAAAUCUUCCUACCGGAAGAAGAGCAAAAAGGGAGUGAAGCGUUUCACGAUCACUCCUGGCAUGGUGGUCCUGAAGAGGAACGAGCGGAAACGUGGCAGACCUGGUAUGACCAUGCUUCCUGAUUGGUCGUCCACUGAGUACAGGGUCAUCAGUGUGGACAACAACCUCGUCCAGCUGGAGACCAUGGACGGUCAACCACUGUCGACGAAGACACCCUACGCUUCAGUGAAGCCUCUGCGGGGGCAGACUGACAUGUCCACAGACAGAGCUGUUGGAAUGACAUCUGCUGACAGCUCAGAUGUUGUGGACAACACACUUCAGGUGACAGGCAUCGCAACCACUUCUCUGUCUGCUCAGGCAGAGACUGGGGAAUCCAGUGAUUCACCCAUCUCUAAGGUCGAGCAAGACACACAAGAGGAUGCUGAAGUUGUCAUCGUAGGUGUUCAGUCAGGGAGGCCAUUGCCAGCUUUGAGGAGGGAUGAAAGGAUGAGCGACUUUGGAGCCCUUCUCUCUAGUCCCCACACCUGGCUGAACGAUGAGACCAUGGACCACGCUCAGGCUCUCUUGAAGGCACAGUUCCCGUCAACGGAGGGUUUGUAUGCCACCACCUCUGUGGCUCUACUCUCAACUGUGCCGGGACCAACCCAGGGGUUUGUACAGAUUUUUAAUUUGUCCGCAAACCACUGGGUUACGGUAAGUAACAUUGGAUGCAAGGUACGUGAAGUAAACGUUUUCGACUCAAUGAAUGCUUCACAUACACCGGAAUUCCUGAUGCAAAUCACUGCUUUGGUUUGUUUUCCAGGACGGACGGUGAGGAUUCUUUGGCCAAGCAUCCAGCAGCAGCAUGGUGGCAGUGACUGUGGUCUGUUUGCUAUUGCAAACAGUCUUACACUUUGCAGAGUCAACUGCAGCCAGCCUGCCAACCAACCCAGCCCUCACACUUGACUGAUGGAUGGGGACUGUGUUCGCCACUAUGAUGCUGCCCUACAGCUCAACCGAGACUGAAGAAGACCUCCGAGAACUACCACACACACACACACACACACACACACACACAAGGCUUUGUACACGUGACAAAUAAAAUACUUGUAUAUUAAAUUACCUUGAAGAUGUGUUUUACUACUACAAAGUAAUGCCAGUAAAUGGACAAGCAACUUUGAUGAUUUAAUGAAGAAUAAUAGAUUUCAGAUCGUUUUUUGGGUGUUUUAAGUCUAUCUGUUGUUACUGAUUUACAUUGCAUAGUGCAUGGUUUCUGCAUUAAUUCUAAACAAAAGGUCAGUGUUGGUUAAGUUACUCAAAACUGUAAUGCAUUACUGAUUACAUGUUACUGUCUUUUCAAAAUAAUCCCUUACACUACAAUAUUACUAUAUUUAAAAUGUAAGGCAUUCCACUACUUUUGCAUUACUUUAGUUACUUUUGCCUAAAUAUGGAUCUGGCAAUUUAUUACAGUGAAAAUCAAGCUUUUGAGUCAUGACUUUUUCACCUCCAACACAGGGGGUGUUUUUGGCAGCAUGCAGACUAAAAACUACUAGGUUCAGGAAUAGCUUCUUUCUGCACCACACUGAAUAUCACUAAAAUCCAGGUCAUUGCAAUGCAUUUGUAACUUGAGUAGCAUUGUAACUAAGUAAAUGUUUUUUUUGCCCUGUAGUGCCUUACAUUACUGCAUUACAGCAAAAAGGAUUGCAUUACAGUAGCCUAAUUAAUUGCUUUUGUAAUGCAUUAGGUUACUCCUCAAAACUGCAAAAGGUGAAUAAAUGCUUGUGUAUUUCAGAUCUAUUGUAUUAAGUAGAAAAAGGCCAAUGACUGUUUCCAAAUCAAUAGGCUAUAGGCCUACUGGUUUGUAAGACAUCUUUUCAGUCAUUGUUUUGACCGUGUAUACACGUCAGUGGACAGACCACUAGGUGGUAGUGUCUCAUUUCUAGUCGUAAGUAAACUAAGCCCACUGGUUUUCUUGGUUCAGUAAUAUUGAUUUGCAGUUCUUCCUGCAGAUCGGCCAAGUAAAGUUUAACAAUGAAUGAA